AUGGGAGAGCCGGGGUAUUUAAUGAAGGGUUUGAAAGCUCAAAACCAGCGUCUCCUUCCGUCCUACCUGACAUAUUUACCCAAUUUUGAAGCAAUGUACAAAAGGUUUGCAAUUUGCUCUCCUUCAUGUCUGAAUGGUGGAACUUGCACCAGCCCUGGAACAUGUAAAUGUGAUGUUUAUCAUUCUGGAGGACGUUGCCAAACAGAACUAGCUUGCACAAAUAAGACACUGGAGUUAGUGUUCCUUCUAGACUCUUCUGGUGGCAUAGGGAAAGCUAACUUUGAAACCCUGAAAUCAUUUGUUAAGACAAUUAUAGAACAGUUUGACAUUGCGGGUCAUAAAACAAGAGUUGGCAUGAUGACGUUCAGUCGGUACCCUUUCAUGCGAUUUAGCAUAAACGACAACAAAAGCAUGAGUCAGCUCCUACAAGAAGUAGAUAACGUGCCUUAUAUUUCAGGUUUAACAGAAACGCAUACAGCUCUACAGCUUCUGCAGCAGGAAGGAUUCCUGGGUUCUAGGUCCCGUGUGCCUCAUGUAGCUUUACUGAUAACAGAAGGGAAGUCAUUACAUCCAAAUGAAACAAAGGCAGUUGCAGACGCCAUUCGUAAACAAGGUAUCGUUAUGUUCGUGAUAGCUAUUGGUGAGCGUGUUUCUCGGGAAGAACUCCGUAUUAUUGCAACAGAUCCGGAUGAUAAACAUUUGUUUUUUGUACAUAAUCAUACAGCGAUUGAUGGUAUCAAAGAUAACAUAACAACAUUAAUAUGCGAUGGAUUACGAGAAACGGACAGAGCUUUGCAAAUGCUUCGUCUUGAAGGAUUCGAAAACGACAGACCUGAAGCACCAAAUAUCGCUAUUCUGAUAACUAACGGACCUUCAUCAAAUUCGUUUCUCACACAGAGAGCUGCUAACGAGCUAAAGCAAAGUGGUGUUGAAGUUUUUACAGUUGAUGAUAUUGAGGGAACAGAGCUAGAACUUAUUUCAACCAGUGGGGGUAACCAUACAUUUACAGCUCCGAAUUAUCUAGAAUUCGACUUGUCUAGCUUUGAAGGAAUUGUUGCGAGUGCAGUUUGUCAAGGUCUUCCGGUACCGACAACACCUACGACAACCACGACUUCAACGACAAGCACUUCGAGGCCUACGACUCGCACUACUACGUACAGUGAAAGAACUACAAAUAAAGCCUCAGAAUGUGUGCCUGAUGUCAAGGACGUCAUAUUCUUAGUAGAUUCUUCUGGCAGUAUUGGUGAUGACAAUUUCAAUCAUAUUAAAGAAUUCAUUAAACAGACCAUCAAGACGUUUGAUAUUGGUUUAACGAGAACUCGUGUUGGUUUAAUUCUUUUCAACUCACAUGCCACAAUGAUAUUUCCGCUUGACAAAUAUGACACAAGACACGAUCUGUUGAAUGCUGUAGAAAACAUCGUUUACAGCCCUGGUGGUACUAAUACAGGGGCCGCGUUGGAGCUUUUGAGAACACAAGGGUUUAAGAAUGAUCGGCCAAAUGCACCAAAUAUAGCCUUUCUUAUUACUGAUGGUUACUCAACAGAUAAAAAUGCCACAAUGGAACAGGCUGCACUUGCAAAAGAGAAUAAUCAGAUUCAAGUAGUUGCUACUGGUAUUGGUCAACUGUUGGACAUGCAAGAACUUUCGGACAUAGCUAGUGCCAACCCUUCUACAAACCGAAGUCUUAUAUAUCACGUGGAUGAUUUUGAUGAGCUACACGUAUUUUCACUCGAAAAGAUAUUGGCAAGCGUUAUAUGUGGAAUUGAACUCUCUUCGCCUAGUUCGUCUACCGCAACUCCACUUCUACCUGUAACCCACUCAUGUUUUGAUGAAGUUGACAACUGUGUUGAUUAUGAUCAAGAUAUGUGCACGAGUUAUCGCCCUUGGGCAAUGGCCCAUUGUAAGAGAUACUGUGGAUUUUGUCAAGGAGCCAAAACGCCACCGCAGCCAUGUGUUGAUAAAAAAAGUAACUGCGACGAGUAUGGACAGGAUAUAUGUAUUGCGACUGCAUUUAGGAAGUGGACAAGAGAAAAUUGUGCUCGCUUUUGUGGAAUAUGCCAUUACACUACAACAACUGUGUCAACUACAUCACCACCUCUAACUGUAUCACCUGUAUGUGCCGAUGAAGAAGAUAAUUGUGACGAAUACGACCCUGAUAUGUGUACCAAGUAUCAGUCGUGGGCAAAGGCAAAUUGUAAAAGGUUUUGCGGCUAUUGUCAAGGAGUCCCUACUCCAACCAAACCAUGCGUUGAUACUAUAGGUAAUUGCAGAGAAUAUGGUCAUGAGAUAUGUACGUCGGCGUCUUUUAGGAAAUGGACGAAAGAACAUUGUGCACGUUUCUGUGAAUUUUGCGGUGUUGAUGCGACUUCUACCACAACUGCGUCUCCACCAACAAACCAAAGUACUGCGACGACGACGUUUGCUGUUCCUAGUUUAUCUUCUUGUUAUGACAAAGAAAGAAAUUGUGAAUCAUAUGGUGGUCAUGAUAUGUGUACAAGUUACAGACCCUGGGCAAUGGCUAAUUGUGAACAAUAUUGUGGAUUUUGCGAAGGACCAACAACUCCGCCAAAACCAUGCGUUGAUGAAAUCGAAAACUGCAGAGAAUACGGACAUGACCUAUGCUCUUCUCCAUCAUUUUCUUUGUGGGUUAAACGUCAUUGUGCCCGUUUCUGUGAAAUUUGUGAUGCUGACAUUUCGAGUAAUGCUUCUUCACCGGUUCCAGUAACGAAAUCUAGUCAUUCCAGUAUGACCAUAUCUUAUAGUAUAAAUGUAACAACAUCUACAGAUAAAAAUGUUACAGGUACUGAGACGGUGAAUGUCACAUCAACAGACACUACACCAUGAAUGACAACCCUUUGUCAGAAUUACAACAUUAUAAAUCUAUACAUUGUGAUUGACAUUAUCCAAUUGAAUAAAGUACGUUUUCAUUAAA